UUUCACUGUCAGCGAGACACUAUUCUCACGCCUUCGCGUUAAUACACUUCUCAUUCAGGAAGCAGCACUAGAGCAAGCUCCUCUGACCCUGCAGUCUCCCAAGUGCCACCUGCCAGUCCACGCGUCCGCUGCGCCUGUGAAGGAUGUUAUCAAGAUUCGCUCGCUGUGUCUCCAGCGCCGGUUUAUCCACGGCAGCCCUGCAGGCGGUGAAGAGCCAUGGCAAGUGCAGACUACCGUCAGCUGCCCUCGUCCUCGCAUCCACGCGAGGUCACCAGACGCUCGCUGCCGCCGCCACCGCGUCCCUUCCAGCGCCCGCGGCGCCUGUGGUGGUGCGGCACACCCGCGCCCUGGAGCGUGAACGCCUUCUGCAGGUGGAGUGGGAGGACGGCAGCUGCAGCCUCUACCCCUACACCUGGCUGAGGGACAACUGCCAGUGUCCGCACUGCACCCUCCAGUCGGCCCAGGCACGCAGCCUGCUGCUCUCCGAACUGGAUGUGCACACGGGCGUGGACAGCGUUCAUGUUACAGAGGACAACAAGGUGUCUAUAACAUGGCCUGAUCAGCACAGCAGUAAGUUUAAUCCUGAUUGGCUGAAGAAGCGUUGCUUCUCUUCAGAGGCAAGACAGGCUAAACAAGAGGAGCUUUUCUUUAACGAGCGUGAGUACUGGGCCUCGGACCUACGCAUCCCCACCGCCAGCUUCCAGGAGGUUCUCCACGACGACAAGGCGGCGCUGGACUGGCUGCUGGCUCUGCGCCGCGUGGGCAUCGUCUACCUGAAGGGGGCGCCGGCGGAGCAGGGCCAGGUGGCGCGUCUGAGCGAGCGCAUCGGCUACCUGAGACUAACCUUCUACGGACACACGUGGCAGGUGCGGGACAAGCCCAUGGCUAACAACGUGGCCUACACCUCGGGCAAACUGAGCCUUCACACAGACUACCCAGCACUGCACCAUCCACCAGGGGUCCAGUUCCUGCACUGCCUGGCGCAGGCGCGGGAGGGUGGCGAGAGCGAGGCGGUGGACGGCUUCCACAUGGCCGAGCUGCUGCGGCGCCGGGACCCCGAGGCUUUCCGUGCCCUCACCUCGCUACGCGUCGACUUCACGGACACCGGCACCGACUACUGUGAUUUCGCUGUGCAGUCCAAGAACCACAUCAUUGAUGUGGACAAUGAGGGCAGAGUGGUGAGGAUCAACUACAACAACGCCACCAGGGACUCCGUGCUGGACAUGCCGCUCGACAAGGUCCAGCUGUUUUAUACCUCACUCAAAACCUAUGUGAAGCUGAUGACCCAGCCUGAGAACAUGGUCACCUAUACGAUGGAGCCAGGCGACCUGGUGACCUUUGACAACUGGCGUCUGCUCCAUGGCCGCAAGAGCUACGUGUCGGAUCCCAACUCCCGUCGACAUCUGGAGGGCGCAUACCUGGAUUGGGACGAGGUUAUGUCCCGUCUGCGGAUCCUUCGCAAGGCUGUGCAUGGAGACAACUAAACCUCUCUCUCUCACACACACACACACACACACACACACACACACACACACACACACAGACCACCCCACCAGCUCAUCGGGGGCAGACUACCCAGUGCUGAGGCUUCUAGGUGGGGCUCUCUGCUCCCAGCUCCAUCUCAGCACUCCCCUCCACCCCCAGUUUUGCACCAGUCGCCCCCCCGUCUUUGGGACUAAAGCCUCCAGUAAACGUUUGCUGCUUGUGCACCCUGAGAAGGGUGAAGCUUUCGCUGUUUGUCUUUGUGUCUCUCAGGGCUGUAUUUAUGUUAACUUCAAUCAUAACCCAGAGAUUUUGGGGGGGUUCAACCCUUCCCAGAGAUUGGGGGGGGGGGGGUUCAACCCUUCCCAGAGAUUUGGGGGUGUUCAACCCUUCUCCAGAGGUUUGGGGGUUUAACCCUACCCCAUAGAUUUGAGGGUUACCAGUACUUCAAGUGCGUGGUUUAGUGAUACACCUCCGGUCAGUGAAGCCGGAGUAAGCCGUUAACCUCCAGAACGAAGAGGCUAUUCUGUCACAUUUUUGCUGAUUUGUGUAAGUGUAUUGUUUUGUUGUUUUGAAAAAUGCAGUACAAAUGCAGGAUCCUGUUAGCCAGUGUGCCAUAAAAUGUUUGGGGAUACAAGGGUAUGCCUGUAGUCCUCCUCUGUUAUUCUAUAUAUAGCUCUAUUUUUUAUAAGAGUGUACAGGUCUUCACUUUAGCUUUACAUUCUGUAUGAUGUACGGACAUCAGAUCAUGUACGACUGAUAAGAGGUGUAGAGAUAAGAGAUCUAAAGAUUCUAUCUUCUAAAACAUGCUGCACUUAGUGGAGUGGGCUUUCCACGGUCAUAAUGCCAGUAGAUAGAGUGAGAGAUGAAGCUGCCCAGAGCCAUAGAGGGGGAGCGUGGCGACACUCAUGUACGCCUCAAUAGACCCUUUCAACAAUAAAAACAAAAACAAUGCUUGAACGUUCUAUUUGGGCCCCAAUCUACUUCCUCUGCAUUAAGAUAACAUAUGGAAUGUUAAAAAGGAAGUCUUGUGGGGCCAACUAUGAUGCUGAUAAUGGAACUCUCCUGAAAGGGUCCAUAGUUCCUAAAAACCUGCGCUGUAUGGCUGCAUCACACAGACAGCAGGAGGGCGGGAUCUAGUAACUCAUUGGCUACUGACCAAAUGAUUGGCAGUCUUUGGAACUUUUACUGUCUCCAUAACCCAGACACUGGCAUAGAAAAGCGCUGACAUUUUGUUCCACAGUCUCCUAUGGGAGUGUCGCCACUCUGUUUUCUCUAGCGCUAUGAGGUUGGCAAAGUUGCCUUUUUUUUGAAGAUGAGGUGGAUAUCGAUAGCCUUAAACCAGGGACAGUUGUAUUUCAAACACAUUUUCUUGUCUUUCCUUUUAUUCUCUACAGACAGUUGAAGCAUGUACAGUUGCUCUCGGUUUCCAAAAAAAAAAAACAAAAAAAAAAUAAUCAAACCAAUUUUAAGUGUGUUAAAAGUGUGACUGGAUUUGACAUCUUAGGCCUUAUAUUUUAUUUCCAGUAAAUCAAAUGUGUUCAAAUGACCUCUUAAGUACUCUGUGUCUUAUUUAUUUUCAAGGAUUGUUUUACAGCCAAGUUUGAAAUGUCUCCACUUACAGCGUGUCCCCUAUAAAUACAGGUCAUGUAUACGCAAUUGUAAAUAUUUAGUGAAUGAACAUCAAUCACUUGGUAACAUACAAUGUAUAUGUAAGACAUGAUGUGAAGAAAUGAAUAACAAAUUUGUGAUAAAUGUUCUUGGGUUAGUGAUUUUAAAAAUCAAAUUCUGUUAUAUUAAGCAGUUUUGCCUUGUGCAUCAUUAAGACAUCACAUUUUUUUUUUGUGAACUUUGGUUUCUUGCAUACACCAUUAAAAAUGGCCUCAACAAACAA